CGCGGCAAAAAAGAUUUCGCGCGAAAACCGUCCGAUCCCUGUUUAGAUGUAGAUCAGCUGGGACAAUAACAACAAUAACAGCCGAUAUCUGGGUCGGAACGGCGCUUUUAUAAAUGGACCGCGCCCGGUGUGAACACCCCACGGAACCGCGAAUGGUCUUUUAAACGAUGAGGGUUUAUUUCACCGGUUUAUUUCCUUACAUUUCUAGUUAAGUCAGACUGCUUCCUGCGUGCCCCAACAAAACGAGGGGGUUGGAGAAUUGCAGCUAAUAACCCAGCUAGCAUGCUAAUCUGCCCUAUAUUUUCAUAUUCAACCAUACCGCUUUACACUCCGCUUAACUGCCUUUCGCGUCAUUACAUGUGCUUGCAAAAUGCUUCUGGGUUACAGUGUCGGUUUGAUAUUUUUAUUUCGAUAGCCCACUGUUGUAAUGCUGCUAUAAAGUUUUACUAUUAAUUUGACUAAGCCCUUACUUAUGUGUAAGGAGAAAUACUAAUGUUUUAAAUACUUAAAUAGCUAUUUUCUCGGCUUGACCGUGUAGUUUGUUAACUUGUUUGUUGUUAAGCUAGCUUAUUAGCAGAGGUUGUGUUAGGUGCAGUGUGGCCAGGCCUCACGGCUGUACUGUACUGACAGGACAGAUGACAACAAAAGAUUAGCUUGCUCCCAUGCUAGCUCGCUAACCCCCUGCGUUUAUUUCUGCCACGGCUAAUUUUCGACUCUUUAUUUUUUAAUAUGUGAGCUAUAUCAGUUGUUAUGCAUUUAGCUCAGUUUUAUUUGCCAAAUGUCCUGUUUGGCAUAACAUCCUGUGUUGCUGUGUCACCACCAGCCUUAAAGUGGUGGUGAGCAGUAGCUUAUUAUCUAGGUAAUAUUGCUAGUUAUAAUGCAUUUGUAAUUGCUUGUUUAUAAGAUGGACAACACAGAGAGGGGAACUUUUUUUAAGCAAUUUUAAAGCUCCCCAUAACCAAGCAAACUUUUAAGGGGUUUUAUUAUUGUUUACUAUCAAACCCAAGAGUGUGCUGAAACUCAAGUUGCAGCAUUUUAGUGUGCAACCCUUGACGUCCAUUAAAGGGGUUUUAAGUGACACACUGCAAUGUCAGAGACUCUGAUCACGGGCCACACAUCAGAGGAUCUGUUGGCUGACUUUGAGACUCUGCUGAACUCUGGGAGCAUUGACCUGGCUGAGGACCACCAGAUAGUGAUCAUCACCAGCCCCAGCAAUGAGGGACUCCACCCGAUCGCAGCCCCCACCAGCACGGGGGAGAUCCUGCUGUUUGCCACGCCACAGGGCCCCGUUGAUGUCCAGGACAAGAGGCGACCGGCCCUGGGGAGACCUCCGGUAAAGAGGAAAUUGGACCUGGAUAGUGACCAUCAGUAUUUCAGCACCACUCGCCCGUCCAUAGGCCAUGCACCGCCCUCCACACCUGCCCCUCCGAGAGUCCCUCGAACAACGACGGAGAAGUCCCGCUAUGACACUUCGUUGAACCUGACCACCAAGCGCUUCCUGAACCUUCUGUCCCAGUCUGCUGACGGCGUGGUGGACCUGAACUGGGCCUCGCAGGUCCUCGAUGUCCAGAAGAGACGCAUCUACGACAUCACCAACGUGCUGGAGGGAAUCCAGCUCAUCUCCAAGAAGUCCAAGAACAACAUCCAGUGGCUUGGUAAUCGAGUUGAUGCGGCAGUGGUUUCCCGCCAUAAGGAGCUGCAGAGGGAGGUGUGUGACCUCACAGAGGCUGAGGAGCAGCUGGACGACCUCAUUUCAAAAUGCAACCUACAGCUGCGACUGCUCACAGAGGACCAGCAGAACAAGAAGUUGGGCUAUGUGCGCUGCCAGGACCUGAAGAAGUCGUUUGACUCCCCGGACCAGCUGGUCAUGGUGGUCCGAGCUCCACCAGAGACCCAGAUGCAGGUUUCAGAACCCAGCCAGGGUUACCAGGUGUCCCUGAAGAGCACACGGGGGCAAAUCGACGUCUUCCUCUGUCCAGAAGAAAGUUCCGGCGUCUGCAGCCCCGUGACAGGAAGUAGUCCCUCCAAACCCGAUUCCGACCCCUCCCUGGUCCCGCCUCCCUCACAACCCAUGGACCAAUCGCAAGCCAGAACUUCCGCAGCCGCUCUUGAGGUGGGUUUAUCAUCUCCAGCGUCCACGUCGUCCACGGUGACAGCCACCUCCCAGCAGGACCCCUCCUCCAUGGCGUUAGGGGAGGAAACAGAAUCUCUCCUGGGAGGCGACCCGUUCUCCAGCCUCGGAGACAUGCCCGACUUCAACCUGUCCCCCCUCUCCUCCUCGGACUUCCUGAAUGGAGACGGCCUCCCUCUCCCAUUGGACGGUUUUAUCAACCUGUCCCCGCCUCACAGUCACGACUACCACUUUGGAUUGGAAGACAAUGAGGGCAUCAGUGAACUGUUCGAUUGUGACUUUGGCGACCUAUCGCAAGUGUUGGGGGACAGUUAGAUGAAGGAGACGAGGAGGAGGAGGAGGAGGAGCAAGGAGACUUCUAGAUUUCUUCCUUCCUUCCCUAUAGGCUUCAAAUUGAGGGCUGCAAAUCUUUGUCAAAAACACAAACUUAAUGUUUUAAGUGUGCUGGGAAAAUGUUUUGUGUAAAAAUCUCAGUCCCUAAAAUAACAUUAUUAGCACUUCUCUGGCCAUUACAAUUUUAGACCAAGAAUUUAGCUUUAGUAUAGCUAUUUAAAUUAUUUAUAUGAAUGUUAUUAUUUUGAUAUUUCUUUUGUUAUUGAUAAUGUUUAAUCCAAGUGGAUGAGCAGGUGUUGGUGUGUGGAAUAUGGACUCAUAGGGCUGGUUUCCUUUACACCAACAAGAUGCAGAUACAAAUCACAAGGUUUUUUUCCUUCUGGUUAGAUGCCUAAAAUAAGGUCUGUUGUUAACAUAAGCUUACAAGAUUUUUACAUUUUGUUCUACCACAUAAAAUAUGUCAGUUAAUACUUCACUGGUGAAUGUCUGGUGCUAACAAGGGGCAAAAUGAACUUUACGGUCAUCACUACGAACACGGUGGAUGUAGUUCCUUUAUAGCCUAACGCUAGCUUUUUACCUGCGCUUCAGCUACUCUAAAAGUGAUGUUAUCAUGCUGUAUAAUAUGGUAACAUAAACGGAUACCAUAACAUUUUAAAUAUUAAUAAUUUGGAAAUUCAAAAAAACAACAACUUAAAGGCCAUUUUAUCUUUAUCUUUAUCUUAGUGUCUAAAUGACAAAAGGAGACACUUCAGUGAUGAUGUGGAAAAACAAGCAAUUAUCCGGGAUGUGUUUUGUUGGUGUGCGGGAAACCAGGUUAUGAUGGUGUGCUGCAGUUAGUGAUUUUAAAACUAAUACUGAAUUUGUGUUCCUCUAUUAGUUAGCUUGGCGUUUAGCCUUUAUAGUCUCAGGUGUUCGGGGAGCGGAGCAAAGUCUUAAAAUGAUUUUGAUGCAAACAUGUAUGGGGUGUAAUGUAGGGCGAUAAUAAGAAACAAGGAAAAUUGUUGUUUCAUUUUUUUCAGUCAAGGGUUCAAGUGAGAUCACCAGAUGCCUGUAGACCGAUGCUCCACAAAGCACAUGACUGUUAUUGUCAUGCGGGGGGAGCUCCUCACAAACCAUCGUUUCAUAUUAUAAUUCAUAUAUUAUAUUUCAUAUAAAAGCAUCUUCUUCAUUAUGGGUGGAUCAAAGAACAGCUGUUUUUUGCUGUGCCCAUUCUAACCGGUGUAGAGCAGCAAGGCCUUCAGGGAAAGUUCUGUGGAAGUGAAAGGAGGAAGUGAAACCAGGGAUGUGUUGGGGUUGUUCAGUAACUCAGCGUCCACACAGCGGCAUUCUUUGAAGCUUGGGCGUGUCUGAAACUCG